AAAUGCCACCAUCCCGCGCUAAUUCGAAGGCCAAACCCCCCCAUUAUCCCGCUCUCCCCCACUCCGGCGACCAAAACCCUCACGCCCGCUUCUCCGAUUCCUAUCGCCCAUCGAUCCGCGAAACCCCCUUCCCGUCCCCAUUUCCCCAUGCCGAUCCCAAAUCCGAGCAGUUUCAGCCUCAGUCUCCUCGAUUUCUAGGGCUUAGAGGCUCUCCGCUGCCUCUCCGGAGUCCAGAUCGCGGGUUUUGCUUUCAUAUACUUGCUGUGAUCAGUGAAGUACAACUACAUGAAGCAUACGAGCAUGCUUACUGAUGAAUAACGAAGCAUUGCCAAGAGGAAACUUCAGUUCAGAAUCAACUUGCAGGGAUAAGCCACCUAAGGUCAAUUGGUUGCAUCAUGUGGCUGCUUUUGAGAAUUUCUCUUGUCAAGAGAAAUUCUUGAACUCAAACUUUCUGUUUUCUUUAUCACCACAAAAACCCAGACCUGAAGAAAGUGCUGAAGGGAUGUGCGCAAGGUCUAUUGCUUGUAUCAUUCAAGGGCCUGAGAGGCUGCAAAAUUUACAAAUUGAGAAGGCAUGGAAAGCUCUCUGCAGAAGUCGGGUAACAAGCAAACAGUAUUUAAGACCUGGAUUAACUGCUCCAGUGCUGAAUCAUAAUACAUAUUGUGUACCGGCUCAAGUUUCAAACUCCAACAAUAUCAACAAUGUUGUUGAUUUCCAAAGACAUGGAAUGACAUCUCAUGCAAGUAUAUACCCACAUAAAGCGUCCGGUGAUGUACCAUGUUUGAAUGCGAGGCAACCAAAUGUUGUUGGAGCAUCGAUGCCGCACAGUUCUUCUCAUAGAGGUCCUGAAAAUCACCAAACUGUGCAUGCUGACAGUGAUAAGCAUGCUAAUGAUAAUUUUCUAGAUGUUUUGGAUGAUGAUGAAAUUAUGGAGAAUAUUGAUGUAGACCAAAUAGUCAUGGAACACUAUCACGGCACUGGAACACCUGAAGUAUCAACAUCUAAACAUACGCCUUGUACUCCAGUUGGUGGUGGAGGUAAUACAACAGGCCCCAGUGAAAAUAGCCUGCCACACGAACUGUGUGAAACAUGUAUUCACGGCUUCAAGCUGGCUCUUUGCCCAGAAGCAACAACUCAUCUGCAGGAGAUGAAGGAUCGGUUGAUUACGGUAUCAAAUGAACUUCUCGAUAAUGCUGCUGAACUUGGUCCUCAACGAUGUGAAAAUCUUCGCCAAGAGCGGUUGCAUCUCAAUAAACAGAUUCAGGUGCUUGAAAAAUAUCUCCAUCGUUUGACUCAAGAUGGAGAAAGAUGGAGAUCGCAUUUGACAGCCUCAACAACUGCUGCACAGGUCUUUCAACCUGAGACUCCUGUGAACACAUUUCCUAUAGAUCCUGCCAGAUUCAAUUCCCAGGUUCAUAUAGGAAAUGAACCAGGGAAUUCUGGGACUUGGAGUUCAAUGGCACCAUUCUCCUAUACAGAUAGAACAAGUAUUCUAUCAGCACACACAGAAAGAGAGAUGUUUACUCCAAAGCUUGUUGAUGUUAAUUACAUGGAAGGGUCUAGUGAUAAGAGGUGGAAGAGUGAAGAUUUUCCAUGGACCAAGAAACUUGAGGCCAAUAACAGAAAAGUGUUCGGGAAUCACUCCUUUCGUCCCAAUCAAAGAGAGGUGAUUAAUGCAACAAUGAGUGGACACAAUGUUUUUGUUCUGAUGCCAACUGGUGGUGGAAAGAGCCUGACAUACCAGCUUCCUGCUCUAAUCUGUCCUGGAAUAACAUUGGUAGUUUCUCCUCUCGUCUCGCUCAUCCAGGAUCAAAUAAUGCAUCUGUUGCAGGCAAAUAUUCCUGCUGCUUAUCUGAAUGCAAGUAUGGAGUGGGCUGAACAACAGGAGAUUUUUAGAGAAUUGAUGUCUGCCAUCUGUAAAUACAAGUUGUUAUAUGUAACUCCAGAAAAAAUUGCCAAGAGUGAUGUUCUGUUGAGACACUUGGACAGUUUGUACUCGCGGGGAUCACUUGCUAGAAUUGUUAUUGAUGAAGCUCAUUGUGUAAGCCAGUGGGGACAUGAUUUUAGGCCAGAUUAUCAGGGGCUUGGUAUUUUGAAACAAAAGUACCCAAAUACUCCUGUGUUGGCUCUAACUGCUACAGCAACAGCUAGUGUAAAGGAAGAUGUUGUGCAAGCUCUUGGCCUAGUGAAUUGCAUCAUUUUUCAACAAAGUUUUAACCGCCCAAACUUGUGGUUUUCUGUAUUGCCCAAAACAAAAAAGUGCCUGGAGGACAUUGAUAAAUUCAUCAAAGAAAACCAUUUUGAUGAAUGUGGCAUCAUUUAUUGUCUUUCAAGAAUGGACUGUGAAAAAGUGGCUGAGAAACUACAGGAAUAUGGACAUAAAGCUUCAUUUUACCAUGGUAGCAUGGAUCCUCUUCAAAGAGCAUAUGUUCAAAAGCAGUGGAGCAAAGAUGAAAUCAAUAUAAUAUGUGCCACAGUGGCUUUUGGAAUGGGUAUCAACAAACCUGAUGUUCGGUUUGUUAUUCACCAUUCUCUUCCAAAAUCUAUUGAAGGUUACCAUCAGGAAUGUGGGCGUGCCGGUAGAGAUGGUCAGCGUUCUUCUUGUGUUUUAUAUUACAACUACAGCGACUAUAUUCGGGUCAAGCACAUGCUGACUCAGGGAGUAAUAGAGCAAAGCCCUGUAUCAAUUGGAACAAGGCGCAAUUCUUUAGCUAGCAAUGAUAGAGUACUGGAAACAAAUAUUGAAAAUCUUCUACGCAUGGUUAACUAUUGUGAAAAUGAUAUCGAUUGCAGACGACUACUGCAAUUGAUUCAUUUGGGUGAAAAAUUUGAUCCUUUAAGGUGCCGAAAGACAUGUGAUAACUGUUCUAAAAUGUCGAACUGGAUUGAAAAAGAUGUAACUGAUAUUGCAAAGCAACUGGUUGAGUUAGUGAUAUUGACGGGCCAAAAGUAUUCAACAUCUCACAUUCUGGAAGUUUACAGAGGUUCCCUGAGCCAAAUUGUUAAAAGACACAGACACGAUACCUUGGACCUUCAUGGGGCGGGCAAACAUCUAGCCAAAAGUGAGGCAUCCAGAGUGAUGCGGCAUUUAGUUAUUGAGGAUAUUCUUGUUGAAGAUGUAAGAAAAAGCGAUAUUUAUGGAUCUGUUUCUUCUGUAUUGAAGGUAAAUGAAUCUAAAGCUCAGAGACUCCGCUCUGGCAGACAACCUAUCAUACUGAGAUUUCCUGCUCCUGCAAAGGCAUCCAAAAUGAGCAGAUCUGAAGUGACACCAGCAAAGGGUUCAUUGCUUCCAGAAAUGAUGAGCACUCCAUCAAUUGACGCUAAUACUCCAUCACAAAAUGAAGUAGACUUGAAUCUGUCAGCCAAAUUGUAUGCUGCUUUGCGAAUGCUUCGAACUGUGCUUGUAAAAGAAGCUGGCGAGGGGGUCAUGGCAUACCACAUAUUUGGAAAUGCCACAUUGCAGCAUCUUAGCAAGAGAAUUCCAAGAACCAAAGAAGAACUUCUUGAGAUCAAUGGCAUUGGCAAGGCGAAGGUACAUAAGUAUGGAGACCGCGUAUUGGAAAUCAUAGAGUCUACCAUCAAAGAGUACCAAAAAGCAAACAGGAACAGUAGUAGCAGCAGCAACGAAAAUACUGAUGCAGCAAAGAGGAGAAGAGGGUCAACAGGCAUUGAUUCAGCUGUUAAUGACAAUGAUUUUGCAGAAAGCGCUGUUCAAUCGAAGAAGCGGGUAACAAAGGUUAGGAAUGACCGAAAAGGUGCACCUGAUACUGCAAGUAUAUCAACCUACAACGGCCGCUGCAUAGAUCUUGAUCUGGAUGGAUGUGACAUGGAGACUGAGGAAUCGAAUCCAAAGGCAAAACAAAAGGCUACGGGUAGAGUCCUGCCUCAAUGGUCGCGACCAGGAAGCGAAGGAUUGAGAGGAUGUUUCCCGGGGACUACAUUGGAUGAUAAAAGUUGUGUGGGUCGGCCCAGUUGCUACUUUUCUACCGGGCCGGGCUCUGAGCAAGCAAUGACCUGGUUUUGGAAUUGGAAUCUGGACCUGAUCCACUACGUCAAAGAUUGGGUACGAGUGGAACAGAGUUGGGCCCCGAGGUUGACAAGGACUUGGCCAGCUCAGAAUAGAGGGCCGAAAGAAUAGACGCUUUGAGGUUCACCAUAAAAGAGUACGGACAAAACAUGGAGCGCUGGAAAGAUCUCAUGACAAGUGACAGCCCAAAACGAAUUUGCCUGCAGGCAAAUCCAGCCUCAGGAUCACAUGCUUGCUUCUCUCAGACCAUGGCCAGUUGCAGAAAAUUUUAUUUAUAAAUUUUGUUGACUUAAAGUUAAUCUUAAACGU